AAGAGCAGCGAGCGCCGCACAUGCAGCUCUUUGCCCCAUCCCUCUGUUUCUAUCUCUUUAAGAGCCACCAGAAGGUGUGUGUGUGGGGGAGGGGUGCUGGCUGGGGUGGAACAGUCCUGUAAUGAGCAGUUUUUACAGGCAAGAGACAGAGAGGAUGGAAAAUGAGGAAGGACAGAAAACUUGAAGGAAUUUUCUCCACAUUUGGGCGCAAUGGAGAGGAGUGAUUUCGGCCUCCGCAUCUUCAUCUUUGCUGCUCAUCCUUAGACCUCAGCCGAGCAGGGAGGAGGGCAGAGCCGGAGCGAUAUUCACGGUGGAGCUGGGAUGUGUGUUUGUGCGCUGAUGGAUGUGUGUGUCUGAGCCUGGAUUGCUCAUUUUCAGGCCACGCUUUGCAGAGGAGCUGCCAUCGGCGUGUUUGGGUGUUCCUCUAAUGGCGCUCCAGCGCAGCAGCAUCCGGCUCGGUGCGGCAGGGAUGCUGUAACGUUGGAUUCAGCUGCUGCUUCUGCUGCUCCGUGAGGCUGCUGGAGAAGCCUAGGCCUCGCUCGUCUGGACCCACCGGCUCCCGGCUGAAGAGACGGGCCUGCGGCUGCGUCGAGCAAGGAGGUGCAGGAGGAGGUGGAGGAGGAGGAUGAGAGGAGCUCUGAGCCCAGGAGCCCGCGAGGAGCAGCGCUCACACUGGCCGUGUUUGUGGCUGCAGAACCGCCGUUGAAGCUGGGAUUGGUCCUGCAUCAGGAGGCGAUGCUCCUCAGGUCUCGACCUGCUGCUGAUCAGAGCCGGAGCCGGCCUUCUACGUCCUAAACCGAAGGGAGAAGGAGCGCUGAGGCCCCCCACCUCCAUGCUACCUGAGGCCUCCCCCCUUCUCCCUCCCUCUCAGUGAAGCACGCCUGAGCUUUUCUAUUUUCUGACUUUCUAAGGAUUUGCCUAAACCUGUUUCAUGCAUGUCCACUGGAGGCAGGUUUGACUUUGAUGACGGGGGGUCGUACUGCGGGGAGUGGGAGCAGGGAAAAGCCCACGGCCGAGGGGUCUGCACGGGCCCCCAGGGUCAGGGUGAGUAUGCAGGCGCCUGGAGCCACGGCUUCGAGGUCCUGGGCAUCUACACGUGGCCCAGCGGGAACAGCUACCAGGGCACCUGGGCACAGGGCAAGAGGCAUGGCAUCGGGGUGGAGAGCAAGGGCCGCUGGGAGUACAGGGGGGAGUGGACUCAGGGCUUCAAGGGCCGCUAUGGGCAGCUGGAGAGCAGGGCCAGCGGCGCCCGCUACGAAGGCACGUGGAGCAACGGUCUGCAGGACGGAUACGGAACGGAGACCUACUCUGAUGGAGGAACGUACCAGGGCCAGUGGCUGGCGGGGAUGCGUCACGGUUACGGCGUGCGUCAGAGUGUCCCGUACGGCAUGGCUGCGGUCAUCCUCUUCCCCCUGCGAACAUCUAUAAACUCUCUCCGCUCUGACCACAGCCACGGGCCCCCGGCGGCCCUGGAGGACAGCGGCCCCACCACGCCCUCAGACGGGAUGGUGGCCGGUCUUGCCGGGAGCCCGGUGGGCCGUGGUGGUUUUGCUCUAAUGGCUCCCAGUGAAGCGGAGCGGCAGAGGAAAAGGAAGGGCCGUUUCCGCCAGUCCAUCCUCAGCGGCCUGAAGCUCCGGAGAUCCGAGUCCAAGAGCUCCCUGGCCAGCCAGCUCAGCAAGCAGAGCUCCUUCUGCAGCGAGGCGGGCAUGAGCACCGUCAGCUCCGCCGCCUCCGAGGGCAUCAGCGAGAGCGAACAGGGCUCGCCCGUGGACGCCACCGUCACCGAGAUGUACGCCGGAGAGUGGCGGAGCGACCAGCGGGCAGGCUGGGGGGUGAGCCGGCGCUCAGACGGCCUGCACUACGCAGGUGAGUGGGCAGGAAACAAGAGGCACGGCUACGGCUGCACCACCUUUCCAGAUGGCACCAAGGAGGAGGGCAAGUACAAGCAGAACAUGCUGGUGAGCGGGAAGCGCAAAAACCUGAUCCCGCUGAGGGCCAGCAAGAUCCGGGAGAAGGUGGAGCGGGCGGUGGAGGCGGCGGAGAAGGCUGCAGACACCGCCAAGCAGAAAGCAGAGAUCGCCCUGUCCCGGAUGAGCCAUGCCCGAGCCAAGGCCGAGGCUGCAGAGGGGGUGGCGCAGAAAGCAGCAGAAGAAUGUCGGCAAGCCCGAAUCAUCGCCAAAGAGCUGUCCCCCUCCUUUCACAUCUAUGGCAACGGACUGGAGUGUCAGGGCCCAAAACAACAGGAGGCCCGGAACAGGGACCAUGAGGUCAUCUCAACGGGAACAGACAGUCCAGAACUGUGCACGCCCGACACCACGCCACCUGUAAUAACACCUGAUCUCAGUCCUGUGCUGAGUGUCCCCACCCCGCCUCCCCACAGUCCACACAAACACACCCAUCGCCCCAGAAACGCCUGCUUCAUGCGGCAGAGUGCUGUGGAUGAUCAGGGCGGGGCUGAGAUCCAGGUGUUGAUAGAGGGGCGGGGAGUCAAUCUGUCCAGGGGCGGGGCUAAUAACUGGACUGAUGAGCCGUUUUUGGAGCGUGGAGGCAGCAGUCGCUCCACCACCCCCUCCCUCCUCGAAGAGCAGGAGGGGCAAAUAAACGGGUAUGAGCAAGCUCCAGUCCCAAACCACAAACCAGUGGAGAAGUCCUCGUCCAAUCACAGGUCUCGAGAGCACAGCUCCUCCCACAGAGCGUGGGACCACUCCCUGUCCGACCAGAAGGCGUCCAAGCAUGUGGCCUCCAACCACAAGUUCAGGGAGUACUCCUCGUCCAAUCACAAGACACAAGAUCAUUCCUCCACCAAUCACAGGGCUUGUGAGCCCGCCUACUCCAACUACAAGCCGCAGGUGCACAUUUUAUCCAAUCACAAGGCCUUGGAACACAACAUUUCUAACCACCAGACUUUGGAGCAUGCCUCUUACAAUCACAAGUGUGAUGAUUACAUCUCCUCCAAUCACAAUGCAAAGGACCACGUUUCUUCCAAAUACAGCCCCCGGCCGCAUGUCUACUCCAACCACUAUCCAAAGCAGCACAACCCCACAAACCACAGGCUGGGUGAGCAUGCCGCCAUUGACCAAAGGCUGGACGGCCACAGGGGAGAGUGGACUGCUGAAAGCACCCUCAGGUGGAGCCCCGCCCACUCUCGCCUCACAGAGCACGACGAGGAGCAAAUGAAUGACUACACGGUCGACAUGCGGCUUCAUUGUGCAGAGUCUGAAGCGGCCCACGGGCUGGGCCAUGAGUCCCCGGCCCCCAAAAACAACAAACUGCGGUCCCGAGGUUUUCGCCCUGUUCGGGAAGGAUCGGCGGACUCUGUACAGAUGCUGGACAACCUGAAUGUGGGGGCGGAGCUAGAGGAGUGGCCUCUGCACAGGGACCUCACCCUCUCCCCGCCCCUGAAGUCUCAGCCCAUCAUUCUGGAGCAGGACAGCGAGCAUCCCACCCUCAAACCAAACUCAGGCUCCAGCUCUAUUCUGGUGGUUAUGGUCAUUUUACUCAACAUCGGAGUAGCCAUUCUUUUCAUUCACUUCUUUAUUUAAGCUUACACAAGUAUGAUCUACUAAGACAUAUUGAUAACUACAGUAUAUUAUAUUAUUACGCACUCAGAUGGAUGUUCUGCCUGUUGGACUGGAGCCUGCAGCACGAGUGACAGACACAGCAGAGCCUUUCUACCGUUGCUCCCGGUCUCUUCUUCUCUGUUGAAGCCCGUUUUUGUUUGUGCUAAACCACUCCCCCUUUCGCCAAAUCUGAGUUCUUAGCCAUGAGUGAAAAGAUGCCUCAAGUCACGAGAAAGCUAAGAGAGCAACAUUUGUUGGAGCGGUUGGAGCUGGCAAACCAAGAGGCAGGGUCAUGAUGGGGAUGAAGUUAGCCGUCACCAUGGCACACUUACUCCAGCGCCCCUCCUGGAGACUGUUAUGUUAUAACCACUAAAUCUACUAUAUAGGUGUAUGUGUCAUUAUUACUCCAGUUUGUUACCUUUUGCAGAAACAGAGAAAAUGUCGAGUGCCUCGUAUUUAUUCAUUUCUCCCCCUGAAAUCUGAGAGCGCCCCCUGUGGGCUCGCCCAGAGCAGACAAAUCGUCUUUGAGAUUCUUCCCCAUCGCUCAACCUUCCUCCCACUGAUCACUCUACCCCAGCCCCUGAAAAUGGCAUGCACUGUUUUGUCUCUCUCCCAGCCCCUUUGGACCGCUCCCCUGGGGGAAGUGGGGUUUCUACCGUUUCCAGCCCCUUUUGGGCCAGAGAAGAUUUCCUCAUUCGUUUCUUUUUUAGCAUGUUUGUUUAGCCUGCUCAGUCUGGUGUCGGUUUGCGCGUUUCCCCCACCGGUCUGUGAUUCAGAAGCACUCGUGGCGGUGGGUGUAAACAGCGCCUCGCUCUUAUUCUCAGUGGAUACGCGAAUGUCCCAGUUUAUGAAUGAUACGAAAAACAAACUGUCUGCUACUGUAUGUUUUAUACUUGGCACCCAGUGGCAUCAUCAUGUUGUGACAUCAUUGCAUGCCCGAGCAUGCUCUUUCUUACUCUUUGGUUUAUGAGGUUGUUUCCAAGUUAAUGUGGAGAAAAUAAUGAAAUGUUUGAAAUGAAA